AAAGACUCUUUCAGGAGAAAUAAUGGAUAUAAAACCUCAAUACAUCAGAAAUCAUGUCGAAAAAACAGAGAUAAAUGAAGAAAACAUAAUAUUUGAAGUCGUCAAAGUCGGAUCAGAAACGGAAACUGACGCAGCUGCAUAUGAAGAAGAUAUUCGAAAUGAAGUGUCGCAAAAUGCCGAGGAAGCUGGUUUGGAAGAACGACCUGUUCAUACUGAGUACUGUCAAAACAGACCCUAUACUUGCAAAAAGUGUGGAAGGGGAUACCGUAUAUUGACGACCCAGCUGUUGGUUACAGCUACGACAAAGAAACAGAAAGAUACUUUUGUCUCGAAUGCAAUAGAAACUACAUGCAUAAACGUCAUAUAG